UGGGUCGGCAGCCAAACUGUGCUGUUACUGCUCAGAGAUGCAGCUGACUUUGACUCAACCACGUUCCUGGACAUUCCUGCUGCUGUUUGUACCAAGUUUUCUUCUGUGGGAAAAUGUGCACUCUGCAUCUACACAUGACACUGUAGGUGGCCUCAGAUCUAUGAACCUCAAGGAACUAUUGGAUAUGGCCAUGCUGUUUUCUGGAAACAUCGGUCACCUCAAUAAGCAACUGCGUAAGUUAUAUUUCAACAAUGUCUUCUCAGCCGGAAUUUUCAGUACAAUUAUGUUAAACUUUAAAAAAAAUCCAGAGUUCAGGGGUAAUGCCAUCAGAAGUUGCCAAAAAUUUUCCCAAGAAACUCCAGGAAACAUUGAGGAAGCCAAAAGGAUCGCAGUUGAAGACUUCCUGAAAAUCAUAGUCAGGCCUUUGCGCUUCUGGAAUGACACGCUUCACCAUCUAGUGAGUGAGCUCAGCAUUAUGCCCGAAGUUCCCACUGAGAUCCUAUCAAAAGUCGAAGACAUUAAGACCAGAAAUGAAGAUCUUCUGGAGCUUAUCAGAUGGAUCAUCAAUAAGGUUUUUCCUGGAGUAGAAGAAAAUGAGAUGCUUCCUGUCAACCAGGACCUUGUACACUUCCAGACAGCUGAUCAAAACGCUCGCAUUGCCACACUUCACAAAUUCAACUUCUGCCUGGGCAUUGAUACAAACUCCAUUGGACUUUAUCUCAAGCUCAUGAAGUGUGUGCUCACUGGUGGCAAAAAAUGCCACUCCAUAGGGUUUUGAGAUCAUAUUUGUUGAUCUUUACUUUUGGAAUUUUGUUUCAUUAUAUACUGUUUGAAAAUAUGUUUCAGU